GAAGGAGAGAGGAGGCUACAGCUUUAAAACCGGGGGGAAGGGGCCAAAGGGAGACGGGGGAGGGGGCUGCUGCUGUCAUUUACGAGAGGGCGACGGCGUCACGUGGGGAGAAGCCCGCUCCGCCAUUGGCCCGAGGCACGUGUCUAGGAUACCGGCCUUGCAACGUCACUUGAGGAACUCUAUUAAAAAUAAGAACAAAAAUCCAGAGUGAGUGAAAGUAUUUCAGGUCCAGUGUUAAGUGGGCUCUAAUUUUACACCUCUAGAGUAAGGCAGGGGAGAGAGGGAGAGAGGGAGUGAAUGAGUGGUGGGGAAGGGAGAGAGAGGGAGAUCGAGAGAGAUUCGCCCUCGUCUCCUUCCGAUGCAACUUGGACUAUUUGGCUCAAAGGGGAGGGCGAGACAAGGAGCGGAGGAGGAGGAGGAGGAGGCAGCGAUUGUCCAGAUGCCGCCUCGGUGCCUUCCUUUCCAAGGCGCCGCAGAGUAGAGAGAAGGAGGCUCUGGCUCUCCAGCUGGGCAGAUGGGCUCGCACUGACCCACACUCUCUCCCCACAACGCCAACCCCGCUGCCGCCUCUUCCUUCCUCUGGAAUACUAUCACUGGUCUCCUCUUGGCCAACCCGGUGUUGUGGACUACUCACUCUUCUGCUUCUGAGGAGGAGGCUGGAGAGGGAGCACUUGGGGAUUUGGGGACAAGAGGAAGGAGAAGGCAUACUAAGUCCCUACAUUGGUAGAACUGAGAAGGGCAAAAAGAAGAAAGGAGAAGGUCUGGGUGCCGCAGCCAGCGGAAUGGAUCCUCUGCGGGGCCAAGAAGGCAUGAAAAGGGCGCCCUGCUGAGAAGGAGGAGGAGGAGGAGGAGAGAGCUCCCUGAGCCUUCAGCGUGGAGCGGGGCAUUGGGGGGAAGGGGCAACGCUGGCCCUGGAUCGCUGGGGGGGAGCUGAAGAGCCCAGAAGGGCGCCCGAACAAAAGGCAGCUUUGGGGGGCUCCGCGUGCAGCAUGGAGGAGCUCGAGCAGCGCCAAGGCGGAGGCGAGCAGGAGCAGCAGCAGCAGCAAGCCCAAGCCCGUCCCCAGCAGCACCCGGAGGAGUCCAGCAGCGGGAGCGAAGCGGAGCCCAACCGGCGCCGGGCGGCGAUGCUCCUGCCCCGGGUGCUCCAGCCGCCCCACCGGAUCACCAACUUUUUCAUCGACAACAUCCUGCGGCCGGAGUUCGGGAGGAGGAAGGAGGACGGCACCGGGCUUGGCUCAGACUCUCCGCAGCAAGCCCAGCAGCAGCAGACCCCGCCGCACCUCCACCAGCCGCCGCUCCUGCCCGCCAGGAGCCCCUCGACCUCCCCGGCGGAAGGAGGAGGAGGCGGCGGUGGUGGCUCCAAAGCCCUGCUGGUCCCGGCCAAGAAAGGAGACGACUCGGGGGAGGUGGUGGACGGAGCCCUGAAGCCCGGCGCCGGAGGAGGAGGAGGAGGAGGAGGGGGCGGCAGCAGCAGCGGGGGAGGCGGCGGAGGCGACCUCUCGCUCAGCUCGGACUCGGACAGCUCCCAGGCCAGCUCUUUCCCCAACGGGCAGCCCAUGCUGUGGCCCGCCUGGGUCUACUGCACCCGCUACUCGGACAGGCCUUCGUCAGGCCCCAGGUCGCGAAAACCAAAGAAGAAGAACCCCAACAAGGAGGACAAGCGCCCAAGGACCGCCUUCACCGCCGAGCAGCUGCAAAGGCUCAAAGCGGAGUUUCAGACGAACAGAUACUUGACGGAGCAGAGGCGGCAGAGCCUCGCCCAGGAACUCAGCCUCAACGAGUCGCAGAUCAAGAUCUGGUUCCAGAACAAGCGGGCCAAGAUCAAGAAGGCCACCAGCAACAAGAACUCCUUGGCGGCCCACCUCAUGGCACAAGGGCUGUACAACCACUCCACGGCCUCGAAAGACGGCAAGUCCGACAGCGAGUAGAGAAGGAGGAGGGAAGGAAGGGUGGGAGAACUUGCACCAGGCAUUGGGAAGCUUGGGUUCUCCUUCUAGGAGUUUUGGACUGCAACUCCCACCAUUCCUAACAGCCUCAGGCCCUUUCCUUUUGCCCCUCAGCCGCUUAAGCGGCUGAGGGGCAAAAGGAAGGGGCCUGAGGCUGUUAGGAAUGGUGGGAGUUGCAGUCCAAAAGCCCUGGAAUGAAAACCCAACCUUCCCCAUACCUGGCUUUAUACAAUGCAAUAAUUUAAUUAAAAAAAACAAAACCAAUAAGGGCCAGUGUAUAAAGACUAUACCAGCAUCAAUAGUGUGGGGGAAAAAAUAUUGUGUAUUAGAUAUACUUCUGCAAUAUUCAGUAUGUGUGUAUAUAUAUAUUAUAUAUUAUAUAUAUUAUAUAUAUAUAUAUAAUUUACAGGUAAGGUGUUGUAAAAAAAAGAUUUUUUUUUCCAAAAUACCUGAUGAUUAUAAAAUAUUUUUUUUGGUUUUUAUUUUAGAAAGCUUAAGUUACUACUUUUUUGAUAGGCUUAAGCGCGGUUGGAAAAAAAAACACACGGACAUCUCCCGGACACUGUUUUUUUGAAAUUCAAAAAUAAUAAUAAUAUUAAAACACAACUUUUUUUUGCUGAAGUCCAAAGAUUUUUAUUAUUGCUGCAUUUUCACGAGACUGUGAACCCGAAUAAAUAGCUCUCUUAUGAGUUUUAA